AUGUAUCAUCUCUGCCGGAAGCGGCAAUCAAACAGUCAGCGCAAUCGAAAACCAUCAUUUUCGGACAAUCGGUAUUCAACGCGAGUUCAGCCGGUCUCUCGUUGUCAUCAUGAUUUGACUACCCCUGGAGGUAAUGGUCUGUUGGUUACCACUGGAUUGUGGUGCUUUAAGGUUCUUCUGGUUUUCCCAAAGGCAGACAAACAAACAAAGUUUCUCAUCGAUGCAACAGCAAAGCUGAACUAUCACUGCUCGCUAAUGUUGCUCAACUAUGCUGCAUUAACGGCCGUGGAUAAGAACCAGGCUGGUCAGAAAGCUAACUCAUGGUUGGAACAAGUUCAACUGGAUCGACCGAUUGAUUUAGUGAUUAUCGAUCGACGUCGAGGUUUGUCCAGUUCGUCCAGUCAGACCCGAUCGUCCAAUAAUCUUACCCAAGCGGCCGAUCUUAUACGACAGACGUUAUCCGUCCGACCGGAAUUCUCUCAUGCUGUGAUUGCCGCUUUGAUACCCUUGCGAAGUUCGGUUGAAGAGGCGGAACGUGAGCUGACUGCUUUUGUUCACAACGAAUUGCGACUAAUACGCCGGUGCCGUGAAAUCGAAUUAUCUGUGAAUGGUCACAAAGAAACGGUAAAGGAGCCACGAAAUCAGGUACAAUUAUUGAUUAAUGAUCAUAAAUUCCCUCGCUCUGCCAACUCAGCAGUGACCAAUUGA